CUGGAGGGCGUGAGUCUAAUGGGUCAGGUCUGGGGCCUCACUUUUGUCCAGAGGCGCGGGUGAGGGGACCAUUGUCAUCGUUAUAUAAGUGUCCCCAGGCCUCCCUGCAGUUGCUCAGUGGUGGAGGUGGAUGGGGGAAGGGGAAGGGGAAGGGGAGGCUUCUCUCUCGGUCAGGUAAAUGGGCACCAGCCGCUAUGGGCACAGAGGCCGUAGGGGGAACUCAGGAGGGGUUCCACUGCUGGUUAGAGCUCAGCAAGCCCCUCCGCCAGGUUCUCCGAGCUCUCACCUGCCUCUCCCUCCUCCCCGGUCAGCUCAGGCCCCAGUGAGGGCCACAUUCUCACGAAGGCCGUCCUGCUGGCCUGUGGACACACUCACAGGGCAGCAAUGCCACCAAUACCCACUGAUCACCAUGGUCAGGCUGGGGAGGGACGGUGGGAACCUGCCCCAGGGUCGGUUGGAGGUGUUGGGCUGCGCUGGGGACCAUGGCAGACCCUACUGGUCACUCUGUGUCCUCUGGGCCUGUGGAGGUUAGCUGGGCUGUAGCUCAGCCUCUCACAGCUUCUUCAGGCUGGACAAGGAGGGGGCCCAGGGUCCACUCAGGGCCCUGGUCUGGGGUCUCCCUGGAGACUCCUGGUAACAAACGGCCCCUCCCCUUCUGGGUGCUGGUAUCCAUGGCAACACUGUAGAGCCUUUCUCUCCCCAGGCCUGCUUGGAUUUCAGGCCUCAGGUGAGUGUUGGCGGGAGGGCCCUGGGUCUGAGGGGGACAGGGACAUCACCGGCAAAGGACUAGCACCUUUGGGGACACUUGCACUAGGCUGGGGGGCAGGAUUACAGCUCCUGGAGGGCAAGGGUGACAGGGGGGAGAUGACAAGGAAUGUGUGAACACCCAAGUGACAUGGUGCCAGGGGUGGGGGUGACCUGCUGCCCUGGCCUGGUGAGAAACACGCAGGUGUGGACACCCACGUGACUGGCAGUGUGCCCUGCAGGGGUGCCCACACACGGGACCCAGGGCAGCCCUACCAUCCUUCCUCUGAGCUCCCUCAACAUCAAGAAUGGACCCUGAGUCUUGUCAGGAGACUGAAGAUGCCGAGGAAAAGGCUUUCCCAUCCCUGGUGGACCGAGAACUGGUCAGCGGCCACGUGGGGCCCCCAGCCAGCGCCUCUCCUGACCGUGGGGCUCCCGCAUGCCCUCAGGACACCAAGCCCAGCUCCACCAGGAUGGUCUCCUCUGUCAACCCGCAGUAAGGAGGGGAGGGGGGAGGUCAGCCGCUUGGGCCAGGCCAGCCAGAGAGCAGGGCCUGAUCAAGUGGAAGGAGCGCUGGCCUUUCAGGUCUGCCCCGGAGUCUCUGGACCCCCGCACUCUGCAGCUGCUGUGGAGGCAGCGAGAACUGGAGAUCCAGGCCCUGCGGUGGGCGAUCGAGAACCACCGGGAGGCCCGACACUGCCGUAUCCUGCAGGAAGUGGCUGGGCUUCCAGCUGAGAGGAGCUCGUGCAGCCGGAAGCUCUUGCAAAACCAGGUCCAAAAGCUGACUCUGGAGUUGGAAGAGCAGAAGGGACAGGCCCAGCUGGAGAAGGCACACCUGGAGGAGCGGCUGCUGCAGACCAGAAACACGCUGCAGCAGCUGGAGGCAGAGUUGCAGGCCUUGCAGAAGUCCUGCCUCCUGCAGCUGGCCCGCUCCUCCUGGGUGGGCCGCAUGCUGCGGUCUUCCACGGGCAGUGUGGAGGUGGUGACGGCAGAGACCCUGAUGGACCCCAGUGACCUCUCUGAGAACGAUCGGCCCCCCACUGCUGGGGAGGGUUUCCGGCUGGAGAAUGUGGACUGGAACAGCGUCGCCCACCGGUACCCCAACCUCUUCACCAACCUCGAGUCCAGCUCAGAUCAACAGCACCCCUGGGCCCCGCCGCUCCCGGAGCUCCCACCAGCCACACAGCCUGACCAGUGGAACUCAGAGCUGUACUGCCGGCAGAGUGAGCAUCGUCUCAAGAGCGUCGAGUGGAGCUCCCUGCCCCUGGUGGGCACCAGCAGCUCUGGGCGUGCCGACUCUGAGUCCAGCAGCUGCCUGCUGGCUGCACGUUACCAUGUGCAGAAAGUGACAGGGGACCCUCUCCAGGCGCCAGGCCACAUUGCUGAGCAGAAGGGGGCACAGAGCCUCUGCAGGGACAGUCGAGCAACAUGGGAAGGCCGCCUCUCCCUGGAUCUCCGGAAAACCCACUCGGACAGGCAGGGCAAGAAUGGCCAGGAGCCUGAGUCCCGUGCGGAUCCCCACCCCCGGCAUUACGGGCGCUGUCCAAGCCCCACGGGCUCCUGCCUGAAGAUCAUGGCGGUGAGCCACCGCCGGGGGUUCGUGCGCAUCCUCAACCAGUCGCUGGAGGAGACGGCCGACCUGGGUGGCUUCGUGCUGCAGCAGCUGGUGCGCGACUUCCCCGUGUGCAUGUACCGCUUCCCGCCCAGCACGCUGCUGGAGCCAAGGCAACACAUCACGGUGUGGGGCGAGGCGCCCAGCAGCACCAAGCGGCAGCCACCCUUCUCCUUGGGCCAGGAGCCCGUCCACUUCCACUCCAGCCGGGGCUGCGUGACCCUCCUCCUGAACCCCCAAGGCGAGGUCCUCAGCGAGCACCAGGCCGCUCACUGCGUGACCCCCGUGUGCAGGAUCUUCGCCGACAACACCGACUUGUCCAUCGACCGUUUCCCGCUCUCAGAGGCCCGGCCCGGUGCCGACCUCGCGGAGCGGCAGCCCCUGCCUCGACCCCCGCGCAAGGGUCGGGUGCAGGAGGCCCGGGCCGGGCGCCGGAGGCCGGGGACGCGGGUUCAGUUGCCCCGCCUGAGCACCAGAAAGCUCCUCCGCCAGCGAGAGGUGCCAGGGCGGCCCGAGGGCGCCGCCGAGACCCACCCAGAGCUCCUGCCCGCCAGCCCCAUCCCCGUCCCCGAGGCCGCGCUGGGCCUCGAGGACUGCCAGGCUAGGAAGGAACACAAGGUCCGGGUGAGUGCUGGCGCGGGCGUCCGGGCAGCCCCCGCCCCGCCGCCCCGCCCUGCGGCCACUCAGGCUCCGCCCCAGGUGGGCCGGAAGAGCGUGGACCGCGGCUGUCCGAUGGUGGCGCUGUCGGUGCAGAGCACGGCCGAGAGCAGGUUCGGCUUCCGCUUCCUCAGCUGCCCGCCCAUCACCGCGGACUCGCGCUGGCCGGUGUAGGGCCGGGCGGGGCGGCGGCAGCGGCGCCUGUGCUCCCGCGUCUCCACGACAGUGGCUGCGGGGCGGGGCGGGGAGAAAACGCCGGAGGCAGGCGGUGCCAGCUGCAUAGUUUAUUGAACCAAC